GACAGGCGGGCGUGGUACGGUCGUAAUAGUGCUGUGCCGGGUUGCGCUACAAACGCAUUUUUUCAAUUAAGUUUGUAAGUGACUGAGUUACAGGCCGUUUGUAACGGUCUUGUUUAUUUAUGAGAAAAUCGUAAAAUUUUAAUGAGUUUGAAACAAACCGUAGUUGGCGUCGACUCACAAAGGCUUUAAAAAGGCUCCUGAUACAAAUGUCAGUCGAAAUUAUACAAUAACAAAAGGGGCUUGCCUAGAUGGGCGUUAACCUCCGGUUAAGCAAGUAAAGGAAGACGAAGACUGAAUCAUGAAUCUCAAAUUAUUACUCAUAAUUACCAUAUUAAAAACAUGUACAAGUCAAGACUAUGCACAGCCAACCUAUAAUCCAGAUAUCACUCAAAACACAAAUAAUUACAAUGAUCCAAGAUAUGAUAAUCCAUAUGACCCAAACCGUAAAUACCAAAAUAAGAAUCAAUAUGAAUUGAACAGGAAUCAAUAUGAAUUAAAUAGGAAUCAAUAUGAUAACACAGAUCAGAGAUUCCAGUAUGAUAAUAGAAAUGAACCGUUCAAUCAGAAUUCCUACAGUCCAGAUGUGACACCAAAGAGCUCAUGGGAUUCUAACAGGAAUUAUGGUAGUUCUUAUAGAAAUGCUGCUUUGGAGCAAGAGAGUGUAAUAAUUCAUCAAGCCACAUACUUCAUAGUAGCAUCCCGUAUGGUAAGACCUGGCCAAAUAUACAAGAUAUCCGCAAACAUUCUGCAAACUCAGCUAGAAAUGACAAUCAGAGCUUCAAUUGCAUGCAAUGGAGUUGAAGUAGCUGAAGUCACACAAAAAGUCAAAGAGGGUGUGCCUGAAAUACUAAAUAUGAGGGUACCGCCAACAACAGUUAAAGGAGACUACCGGCUUCGUGUUGAGGGCUUGUACUUAGACACACCAUAUGGAGGCAGGGCGUUCAUUAAUGAAACACAACUGACAUUCUCUAAUAGGUUCAUGACCAUAUUCAUACAGAUGGACAAGCCAGUAUAUAUGCAGGGGCAAACAGUACGCUUCCGAGUGAUUCCGAUCAAUACAGAGCUAAAAGCGUUUGGACAUGCCAUAGACGUGUACAUUUUGGAUCCGAAUCGCCGCAUCAUGAAGAGGUGGCUUUCCAGACAGAGCAACUUCGGAACAGUUAGCCUUCAGUAUCAGUUGUCUGACCAACCCUUGUUCGGAGAGUGGUACGUCAAGGUUGAAGCCCUGGGACAGGUAGAAGAGUCACAGUUUUUGGUUGAAGAGUACUACCAGACAAGAUAUGAGGUGAACGUGACGAUGCCGGCGUUCUUUUUCAACACGGAGCAGUACAUCCACGGCCGCGUCGUGGCUAACUACACGUCGGGGGCGCCCGUGCGCGGCAACCUCACGCUCAAGGCGACCGUGCGCCCCAUCCCGCAGUACCGGCCCCCGCACUACGGCCGCGGACAGUUCAACAACCGGGGGCACUACGGAGACGCGGGGGCCGCCGGCUCUCAGUACACAAGAGCAUGGCCGAAUAGUCUGUACAACGAGACGUACGGGUCGGAGCUGGGGCCGGGCCCGGCGGAGGGCGGCGCGGACCGGCGCUACGUCGCGGGGCAGCACAACCAGCUGGACCAGCCCGACUGGUGGUACGACCACACCAAGGUCGUCACCAGGAUGUUCAACUUUGAUGAAAAAUAUCCUUUCUGGAUGCCGAAGCCCGACCCUACGGAGUACGCCGUGCAGCAGCAGCAGGGCACCUACGCCUACAACCAGUACCCCGCGACCGGCUACUCCUACUACUCCGCGCAGUACAACGACCAACUACCCUAUCUGAGAUUUUUCAAUGGCACAUACGAUUUCAAAUACCCAAUGUCGGAGCUGGCGCAGCUGGUCCCCAGCCUGGACGGGGUGGAAGUCAUAGUGACGGCCGCCGUCGGAGAUCCAUUCCUGGACGAUGUCAUUGAAGGGUACAGUGUUGCCAGGAUAUUCAACUCUUCCUUGGCUGUCACUUUCUUAGGAGGGAGCCCUCAGGUCUUCAAGCCGGCCAUGCCUUUUGAUGUUUACAUGGCGGUGUCGUACCACGACGGGUCGCGCGUGGAGGCGGCGCGGGCGGCGCGCCUGGCGCUGCGGGUCACGGCGCAGCUGGAGGGCCGCUCCGCCACGCUGGACGCGCUGCAGCCCGCGCCCGUGCCCGGACACGCGCACGUGUGGCACCUCAAGCUCGACCUCUACAACCUGCUGCACUUGCAAUCGGAUCCGAAUUACCGCGAAGUGUUGAACAGCAUAACCGGGAUCCGGCUGACCGCCCAGCUGCUCGACGUGGGCGGCUACCACGCCUCCGCCGACGUGCACUUCAUCGCGCACUACAGCCCCAACAACCAGCAGAUUAAGAUAUCUACCACCACCACCAGUGCGAAGGUCGGCGAAUACAUAAUCUUCCACGUGCAAAGCAACUUCUACAUAGAGUCGUUCAACUAUGUGGUGAUGUCCAAGGGCAUUAUAUUGACUAGCGCACAAGAGAUAAUGCAGGAAGGCGUCCGCACGUUCGCGGUGACGCUGUCGGCGGAGAUGGCGCCCGUGGCCAGCGUCGUGGUGUGGAGCGCCGACCGCCGCGGACACGUCGUGGCAGACUCGCUCACCUUCCCCGUCAACGGAGUCUCCAGGAACAACUUCACAGUGUUCAUCAACAACCGCAAGCACCGCACCGGGGAGAAAGUGGAAGUGGCUAUAUACGGCGAGCCCGGGGCCUACGUGGGACUGUCCGGGCUGGACCACGCCUUCUACACGAUGCAGGCCGGGAACGAACUCACAUACGCUAAGGUGAUAUCGAAGAUGUCGUAUUUCGAUGAAUCCACGAACGGCACGUUCGCGUACACGUGGCGCUCGCACUUCGGGGACGCGGACGAGCUGGUCUACUUCCCCUCCUCCAGCUUCGGGAUCGACGCUAACAGGACCUUCGAGUUCGCGGGGCUGGCGGUGCUGAGCGACGUGGCGGUGACGCGGCGGCGCGGCGCCUGCAACGCGUCGCUGGGGCUGGCCGAGUGUCUGGACGGCGCCUGCUACCCGCUCGCCAAGCGCUGCGACGCCGCCUACGACUGCGCCGACAGGACCGACGAGGCCAACUGUGCGGAGGAGAGAAGCGAGUUGGAGCUGAGCCACUUCCGCAAGUUCCGGUUCAACCGCGUGCAGCGCCAGUACGACAACGUGUGGGCCUGGAGGGACGUCAACAUCGGCCCGCACGGACGCUACGUGUUCACCCUCGACGUGCCGCAGGUGCCAGCCCACUGGACCGUGUCAGCCUUCAGCAUGUCUCCUUCACUUGGACUAGGAAUGCUGACGGAACCCAUUACGUACGUGGGAGUGCAGCCGUUCUUCAUAACAGUGGAAGGACCGGACUCGUGUCGUCAGGGCGAGCAGGUCGGCCUGCGCGUGGUCGUGUUCAACUACCAGCUGCAGAACAUCGAGGCCGUCGUCGUGCUGGAGGCCUCGCCCGACUAUAAGUUUGUUCACGUCGAGGAGAACGGCAUUGUCCGCUCGUACAACCCGCGCACGUCGUUCGGCGAGCACCAGUUCUUCGUGUACGUGCUGGCGGGCGCGGCCAGCACCGUGCACGUGCCCGUGGUGGCGGCGCGCCUCGGCACCGUGCACGUGCGUCUGCACGCCGCCGCGCUGCUCGGCACGCACUCCUACACCAAGACCAUACACGUGCUGGCGGACGGCGUGCCCCAGCACCGGCACCAGGCCGUGCUGCUGGACCUGUCCAACCGCGCGUACGUGUUCCAGUACAUGCACGUGAACGUGACGGAGACGCCCGUCAUCCCGUACGAGGUGGACCGCUACUACGUGUUCGGCUCCAACCAGGCGCGCGUCAGCGUGGUCGGCGACGUGGUGGGGCCGCUGUUCCCCACCAUGCCCGUCAACGCCACCAGCCUCCUGGACCUGCCGAUGGACUCUGCCGAACAGAACAUGUUCAGUUUCGCCGCGAACAUGUACUUCACCCUGUACAUGCGGCUGAUCAACCAGAGGAACAGGACCUUGGAGCGCGAGGCGUUCUACCACAUGAACAUCCUGUACCAGCGGCAGCUGUCCUUCAUGAAACCCGACGGAUCCUUCAGCCUGUUCCGAAGCGACUGGAACCAGUCGUCGUCCAGUGUGUGGCUCACGUCGUUCUGCGCCAAGAUCUUCCAAGACGCCUCCUUCAACGAGUGGGAGAACUUCAUCUACAUCGACCCGGACGUGAUAUCGAUGGCGGUGUCGUGGGUCCUUGACCACCAGACGCCGGAGGGCGCCUUCUACGAGGUGACGUGGCUGCCCAACAGGAACGACAACUCCAGCCUCGUCGUGCCCAAAAACAGCAGUCUGUACCGGGAGUACCUCAGCCACGCGAACUACGACCCCACCAUAGUCGAGACUAAAGAUUCGUUGAUAAUCCAGCGGAACAUAACGCUGACGGCGCAGGUCGUCAUCACGCUCGAGACCGUCAAGAACUUGAAGGACAUCGGAGUCCGGGAGGGCCUGGCGGCGCGCGUGGCGUCGAGCCAGCAGCGCGGCGCGGCGUGGCUGGAGCGGCACCUGCGCGCGCUGCAGGACGCGGGCGAGCCCUACGCGCUGGCGCUGGUCGCGCACGCGCUGUCCGUGGCGCGCGCGCCCGCCGCCGACCACGCCUACCGCCUGCUCAAGCAGAGGGAGCGGUCCGAGGGUGGCCUAGUAUACUGGGGCAAAGAACCAGUACCCCAGCCUCCGUACAAGAUGGAAAACCAGAAGCCUUUCCUCCUGCCCCGGCUGCCGUACAAGUACGACUCCAACAACAUAGCCACCACGGCCUUCGCGCUGCUGGCCUGCAUGGACCACCAGGACAUCAACGAACCCAUCGUCAUGUGGCUGAACGCUCAGAGGCUCAAGGACGGAGGGUGGGGCUCGACGCAGGACACGUACAUAGCGCUGCGGGCCCUCAUCGAGUACACGAACCGCAAACGUCUCCGCGACGUCAGCUCGCUCACCGUGGAGGUGGACGCCGUCGCUCUGGGGGGCACCACGCGCACGCUGCACGUGGACAACGCCAACCUGGCCGUCAUGCAGAGCGUGCAGAUCCCGGAGGCGUGGGGCACGGUGAAGGUGACGGCGCGCGGCGCGGGGUUCGCCAUCCUGCAGAUGUCGGUGACGUACAACGUGGACAUCCCGCGCUUCCUCACGCCGCCCCCGCUGCACGCCUUCGAGCUGCUCUCGCACCAGCACUACUACGGACGGAACCAGUCGCACAUCAUGUUCCAGGCCUGCGCCAGCUGGACCCUAGAGGAGGAGAGUCCUCGCUCGGGCAUGGCGGUGCUGGAGGCGGGGGUCCCGACGGGGUACCGCAUCCAGCAGCAGGCGCUGGACGCCUACGUGCUGUCCCGCUCCGUGCCCACGCUGCAGAGGGCCCGAUACACGCCCGUCAAACUAUUCUUCUAUUUUGAAUAUUUGUCCCGGGAGCCGACGUGCGUGAACUUCACGCUGGAGCGCUGGUACCCGGUCGCGAACAUGUCCCGGUACUUGUCCCUCAAGGUCUACGACUACUACGCGCCAGAGCGGUACAACGAGACGAUAGUGGACGCGCUUCCGACCUACCUGCUGAACAUCUGCGAAGUGUGCGGCUCGUCCCAAUGCCCGUACUGCGCGAUAUACAACGCCGCCGCCCGACCCCGCCACGCCGCGCCGCUCGCGCUCGCCACUGUCAUGUCAAUAGCCGCGCGCCAUCUGUACGGGACGCUCGGAGCGCUAUAGCGUAGUCAGCCGUCACUUCUACACUAGCUAACCUGUCGCGACUUUAGAAUCGAACGGGUAUAAUGGUCGUGACAAAAAACGUGUCAAUUGAACAUGGAUACGCGUGAGAAGUUAAACUUCUUGAAUAUUUUUUUAUGGAAAUUCAAUAGACAAUUGAUGUUACAGUAAUAUAGUUAUCUCAGAAGGCUUAGACUAUAGUUUCUAUUAAUUUGAAAUCAUAUUUCUGUUGUGAGAUGUUCUUGAAAAAUGAAGAUCUUACAAGUCUAAAAUAUGUUGUAGUCUACUUAGGCGCUACAUUUUUUUUUAUCUGGGACAACAGAAUAUUAAUUGAAAAUUAACUAAAAAUUUAACAAUCAACUGAAAAUUAACAAUUGAUAUUAAUUGAAAAUUGUGAAAAUUUGUGACUAAGAUAACUUAAUAACUUUUGUUACUUAUAAAUUUUCUAUUCGGAAGUUUCAUGCUUAGUGUAUUUUUUACUCAAAUCGAGUUCGUGUAAUUUUUUUUUAUUUCGUGGAACAUUGUGUUCAUCCGUGAGCUAUCGUUAGGACGCGACCGACGAGCUUACAAUCCACCAUACGAUACGAAAAGCUUCAGCAAAACUUGCUCUCUGAAGUUCAACAAGAAUCACGUUCAUUAAAAGUAUUAUUUACGUUAUCGGAAACGUACAAAUAGAUGUUUGUACUGUGUUUGUGGAGGGAAUUUGAAAAAAAAGUCUCUAAUGUGAGUCAGUCGGAGCACACGUGCUGCACGUACUCACGUACUCACAUACGUGGCUUAAGUUAGUAACGUGGAAUUUGCUAACCAGUGCUCACAAUUAUCAAGCUCUUUAAUUAUUCCCAAUGGAAAUAUGUACACUAUUAACGCAAGCCCAAAAAUAUAUCGACGUUUGAAAGGCAAACAUGACUAAGCGACAAUAACUGCUUUGUACAUAAAUGAUAGGCAAUAACCAUAUUCAAUGCGCAAAAAAUAUAUUUCUAGGUCUAUUAAAAUCAUUUCAAUCCUACAGCUACUAGCUAGAUUCUACUACAGCUAGAUUCGUUAAAAUAAAUUUUGUUUUCAGGUAUUUCAACUUUAAAUUAGUCUACUGUAAAGCUCACGUUGUCGCUUAGUCACGUUUGCCUUUCAAGCGUCGAUAUGUUCCAUUUGUGUUUUCAUCUAAUAAACAAGUAAAGUUGUAAAAGUAAAAUUAUUUUAGAAAAGAGAUUCAAAAAUAUAAUCGUAAAUAUUAGUUUUUAACUAACCGAUAAAAAAGAGGUGUGUUCUCAAUUAGGGCGUAUAAUUUCGUGGAAUUAUAUUUAAACGAGUCAAGUUUACUACCGUUUAAAUGUAUUUACACAAAUUUAAAUGUAUAUCUUUAAAUACAUUGAAAACAAAAAAUAUCUAAGUUUUUACAUAGACAAAAUAAAUCAUAUUCUAAACUAUAUUUCUUCAACGGCAACGACAAUACGAUCCAGUGAACAUUAAGAAUGAUUUUUUCUUCAUCUCAUUUGUACUUAUAUUUAGAUAUAUAUUUGUAAAUAAAUCCACAUUAUCUUAUACUUUUAUAGUUGAUAUCAUGACAGUCAUAUCUUUAUACAAAAAUUUAUAACACACAAGUUUUUAAACAGAAAAACUCAAAACUUUUUAUUAAACUAAUCAAUAAAAUAUUUUAUUGUAAAAUAUACAUUAGAUUUUAACAUCACAAAUUAAGACAUUUACAAGUACUUUUUAUUGCAGUUACAAUAAAAAUUGAUGCAAUUUAUGUGAUUAUGAUUAAGCUUGUAUGGAAUACGGAAUGAUUACAAUAAUUCAGAAAAGUAUGUGUGUCUAAAACACCCUAAUAUAUUGUUUGGUCCUGUCAGGUCCUGAAGUAGCAUUGGCAAGCUAUAAACAUUUUAUAUUAAAGGGAGUUAGUUGAUUGCACCUAAAUGAAGUAAUAAUUAAUUUCUAAAAAAAGAUAAAUACUAUUUUGAGUUAAAUUAACAAUAAAGACAAGGUAGUCGUAUAUAUCUUCAUAUCCUAUGAGUUCUUCCUAGGCUGCAAUAGUUGCCAGGAAUAUUGACUUGUACACGUCCCAAACAAUGUGUAGCAUAUAGGAAACUCAAGUGUUCUCACAAUGUUACCAGUAAUUCUUGAGCAUUUAUCAGCUUCUGUCCCAAUUCUUUUCCAUUCCAGUAGUUUUAAGUUUUAAGUGUAGUAGUCUCCUCUGUAUGAAAACAUGUGUUUGUAAGACUUUAUACCCAUACAGAAAUCUGUUCCGAAAAAAACCUACUAAGAAAGCCGUUUCAUCGCUGAGAAUAAACCUUCAAUUAACAAUCCUUAUUCAGUAAUAUCUGAGAGAUAUGUGAAGCAUUUUAGAGUAAUACAUAUAAGAACACUUUUUAACUAUAAAUAAUAAUGAUUUGUACCAACUCCUGCUAACAUGAUAUUCAAUAUAAAACGAAUAAUUAAAAAAAGAAAUUUGUUAAAGUUUAUGAUUGAUUAAUUUUUCAACGGUUAAGCGUCUAUACGCAUCCUAUCGCACCACAAGUGGUAUAUACAAGGCUUGUAUGAAGCGGAGAUAGCAAUUUAAUUAAGACUGGACCGCAUUAUAAAAGAAGCAUAUUUGGUAUAUCGUAAUCGCGUAAGUCAUACUACUUGAAACCAUAAUCUUGGUCUAGAGUUUCUGAUAACUGUCAUCGUAAGGAUACCAUCGCGAGUUCAUUUAAAUUCACAGUCAUUGAAUGUUUAAACAUUAUUUUUACCACCGGCUCCUAAAUAAUAGUCUUCAAAAACAAACAGCGGUUAGUCAAUUAUUUCUGACACGAAGCAAUCCUGCGUUCUAGUUUGAAAGGUGAUGAGGAAUUAUAAAUAAUAUGCAAAUAAUGAGUCGAUGGAGAUAUUCGGGUUGUGAUGUCAAAUAAUUCCGAUAACAGCAGAUGGUAAACUCGUGCUACCGUCUGGAGCAAUAAAAUAUAUGAGUCGACUAUUAUCAAAGCCGGCAAUGUGACUUUUGGACAAUUAUUGGUAAAUCAGAAAAACGAAUUAUUGACUUUGUAUUCCAUUGGCAGUCACAAAACUCUUCUGAACGACAUCUUAGAUAAAUAACAGGUUAAGUUAAUACUUUAUUUAAUGCAGGUUUUGAACCGAAUUCUUUGAAGGAUACGAUUGAUAUUCAAAUCAAUCUGUAUUGCCAUAUCAAUAACAUUUUUUUGUCCAAAUGCACAGAUUGCCACCUUUGAUAAUAGACGACUCGUAUAUAAGUAAAGAUACUUUCGUCAUCCUUCACUUUGCCUAUGGACUGUUUUAAAAAAUAUAGAUUUUUUAAAAAAAAACCUGGCUAUCUAAUUUUCAGUGUAUUUAAUUUUGAACGUCUCUUGAACGUGAUUUAUACUCACUCCUGAAGUAACAGCUAUCAAAGAUAAUGCUGUAAUCACAAGUUUUAACUGAUACUAUUAAAACUCAUAUUCUUGUGUGCAUUUGUUAGCACCUUACUUAAUUUCAGUCAUAUUAAAAAAAUAUUACUUUUCACAUAUAAAAUUUUAGAAAAUCCAAUAAAUGCAUAGAAUGCGGUCGUGCUUGCCUUAAAAGAGUAGAAAUCGAAUCAUGUUAUGAAAAUGUAAAUAUAUAUUUUUUAGUGUAAACAAGAUGAGACAUGCACAGAAAUACAUAGUUACAUAUACUUAUUUACAUGUGAACAAAAAAAAAAAUUGAAAUUCAUUUCCAGAAUCAAAUUUUAGACAAACAUGUGUUGUUUCACAUAAUACACAAUCACAGUCCCUAGCAGAUUCUCAAAUAAUGUUUUUAGCGAUAAAAAAUCAAAUUCUCAUCCAAAGAAUCAAAGCAAUAUAAACAAUGGAUUAUGUUUCUUAUGUAUUUUGUAACAAAACCACCAAUUUGAUGUGUACAAAAAGUAAUUUACCGUCCAUAAAUAUAAAUUAUAGAAAUGCUUUAGCUAUAUUGAUCAAAAAAAUGUUAUUUAUAAAAACAUAAUUAUUAUUAUGAUUCUCAUAAAUUAUGUAAAAGUUUUACUUAGUAGUUUCCGUCCAAAAUGUGUACCAAUGACUGAUUUUUUUUGUAAUCUUUUGAUAAAUUCUUGUGUGGAUUCUAAUGAAUUGCUUUGUAGCGUGUCGAUAGAAUUAGUGAAUUAUUAUUGAUUCUUUAUAGAUUUAUUUCAAAAUAAAAAAUCUUACAAUUUAAA